AUGGGUUGCGGCAGGUACCUCCCUAGUAUUAUUCUUGUGUAUGCCGAUGAUGUGAUUGUGACUGGUAACAAUGAUCGCUUAAUUGCUAGCUUUGUUUCUGAAUUGGAUACCAAAUUUGCUUUGAAAGAUCUUAGUGCUAUCAGUUAUUUUCUUGAUGUUGAUUGGGCAUCAAAUAUUCAUGAUGGGAAAUCUGUGGCUAGUGUAUCACUUGUGUCUUGGUUGUCUAAAAAGCAAACGACUGUGGCACGAUCUAGUAUCGGGUCAGAAUACCAAGCGUUAGCUCAUGCUUCGACUGAAAUAGUUUUGUUAAAACAAUUGCUCGGUGAGAUUGGUGUGCGUCUCCCUUCGGUUCCUACCUUACGGUGCAAUAACAUAAGUGUCGGUGCCUUCGAUUCUAAUCCUGUGUUUCAUGCGCGAAUCAAAUACAUUGAAAUUGAUGUCCAUUUCUUACGCGACCAGGUUAUUCGGGGUGCUCUUGAAGUCUGA